UACGAUAGCGUAACAAUCUUAAACAGUGUGUUGUUUGGCACACGUUGUGAUCGGUUUGUGAUGGAUGCUUCUAUAUUGUGUAAAUAAACUAGAGAUCGACUGCAUAUACGGUACAUAAAUUAAACAACAUGGCAGACGACCCAGAGCAACAACCAGAUAACAUAGCAGAAGAAGAGGAAGAAAAUCAAGAAAAAGAGGAAAAUGGUGUCGAUGGUCAAAAAGAAAUCCCAGAAGUUACCGUUACUGAAGAGCUGACGGAAGAUGCUGAAGCGUUGAAGAAUGAGCUCAACAAAAUCAUCGUGCAUCCUCCAACAAUAGAUUUUUCAAUACCAAUGAAAGAGUUUGACCAAACAGAGUUUCCUGCCUCAUACAAAGAAAAUUUGCCAAAAGAGAAUCUGAUUUUACAAUAUGCAGAGAAUUUCCGGAGACAAUACGUGCAUUUGUACAGGGACAGGAAGCCAUUGUUACUCAACCCUGUCAAUGAAUGUGGAACAGAGAAAUUUGUGUGUACCACAAUAAGACCCACACAACUGGAAUUCAAGGAGCUGUAUAACUGGGAAGGGGCUGCUGAGUUUGUUGCAGAUUAUCUCAACUUUGAGACCUUGGAGCCACAAACUGAACUGCCUCGGAGACUGCUGUCCCCAACUACCAUCCUGAAGCGUCAGAGAGGAAACUGUUUUGACUACAGUACAUUACUGUGCUCCCUGCUGAUAGGGGUGGGGUAUGAUGCCCUGGUGGUCAAUGGUUAUGCAACACGUGAAACUUGUCUGGCUGAUGAGUCACGGGAAAUCUGUCCUUUAAUGAAGAAAAAGGAGGAGGUGAAGCAAGAGGUUCAGAAGAAAGAACAGAAGAAGUAUGCAGUAAAGGCUCCUAAAGAUUUACGCAGCAAGUUUGAACUCAAACAAGAAUCAAAAUCAAAAGCUGUAAAAGAGGCAGAGGAAGAGCAACGGAAAAAAGAAGCGGAGGAGAAACAAGCAGAGCUAGAAAAGCCCCCUCCAGAUCCGCUAUAUGGUCUACGUGUACAUGCCUGGGUACUUGUGUUGGCCGGGCGUAGGGAAGUCCCGGAGAGCUUCUUCAUUGAGCCCUUUACUGGUUUGUCCCAUCCUGUGGACAGUCAGAGUUACCUUGGAAUUGAAUCGGUAUGGAAUGCCUCCAACUUCUGGGUCAACAUGCAGGACUGCUCCGACGGGGUCAAGGGUCUCAGCUAUGACCUUGGAGACUGCACUAGGUGGGAGUACAUGUUUCCUAUCACGGAGAAGCCCCUGCUGAAGAUCCCCGAUGUGGAUGAUGAUAUCGGUGACCUGGAUGACGAUGAGAAUGGCAGUGAGAGGUUGAAUGCACUGCACCGUGACAACACACAGAUCACCUUCUCCGAGGAGGAGGAGAAUGAGAUGGACAAACACCUGGACAUGCCGCCAUCCUGGGUGGAGCCAAUCAAACUCUCCUUACGGGACUUCCAGAUGAGGUGUCCGCAAGGAAAGAAGACCAAGCUGUAUAAACGUGCCAAGCUGGAGAAGUUUGCCCACUACCUGAUGAAGGAUGGCCUGGUCUCCAAACUAUCCAUGUAUGAUAACCGUGAAUUGACAGACCUGAUCAUGAUACGAGAGUACUUUGCUUACCGUAUAGACAAGCUGUGUACCAAAGUCCACAACCAGAGAACUGGCUGGAACACGGAGUAUUUUGACCCUGGACGACUCAAGUGUCUCAAAGAGCACCAGUUCAAGGCAAGCAGCCCAGGGCCGGAGAAUGACAGAAUCAUGCUGUUUUACGAUGACGCGAGAGUGGAUGGACUGUUGAAGCGAGUUGAGAGUCUGUCUGAGAUGACCGAAGAGUACAGACACAGGGAUGACUACCUGUACUUCAAACAAGUAGAGUUUGGGAAACGGACAAAGAAGUUUGGUCCACAGGAUGGAACUGGUGCCAACAACAUGCGACCCAUUGUGAAGAUGAUUCAGAAGUUUGACAGAAACCCUAAAAAGUCAGCUAGUGAGGACAUUUCUGAAUUGGUGUUUCUGGUGUCAGAGGACAAGAUCCAGCUAACAUACCACACAGAGGACCCACGGAUAGCCUCCUCCACGCGCGAGUACCUCAAACCUGCAAACUGGGAUGAGAAAGGUGCUACCCUAACAUUCAACUCGGAGAUGCAUCAAACUUUCCAGGUGGACCCUACUUCACCAAUGAACAAGAAUGUAGAACUGUACGAGAUGCUGCUGGAACUGCUCAAGGCAGAAGAGAAAUGUCGUAAUGAUGUCCGAGAUUCUGAGGAGGAGGUUCGUGAGGUACUAAAUGAGAGAACUAAAGAGGAGACUGCAUCAGAGCUGGACAUUUCUGUGUAUGACACUGACAGGAAUGAGAAGGCAAAGAAACAUAGGAGAGAACUGGAGCGCCUACAAUUGGAGGAGAGAAUGCGCAAACAGGAGAUGGACAUUGACUACCUGGCCCCGUUCCUUGCCCAAAUGGGCAACCCCGAUAAAAUCACCAGGCAACAGGCCUACCAGCUCAAGGAAGACUGUCUCGGUGAUCUCAAGAAACGCCUAAUUGACAAAGCCAACCUCAUUCAAGCCAGGUUCGAAAAGGAGACCCAGUUGUUGGAGAAGAAGCAGGCCUGGUACCAGCAGAACCAGGUAGCUAUGUCUAAGGAUGAUGAGGAAGCGUACCUUGACUACUGUAGUGAAGCUCUGUUUAGGAUACACAUUCUUGACCUGCGCCUGGCAAGACACAAGGAGCAAGCCCCCCACAAGUAUAUGCAGCUGGAGCAGAGAUUGAGAAGUGAAGAGCGACUCGCUGAAUUUUUCUAGGGGUCUGAAAGUGCAUACAUGUGCAAAAAUGUUUAAUACUGGAUGUCAGACUUGUGGCGUUGUGCGACAUAUGGAUGGGUUGCUACGUGUAAUGUGUGUUACAUCACCACAACAAUCUCCAGAUUUCCAAAGCCUCUGAUUGGUCAGCUUAAGACUAAUCAACUUCUGAUAGGUCAGGCAAUCCAGGAAACGGCUAAUACGCCUACGAUUUGUUCCAUUGGUCAUUUAUAACCAUGUUGGAUAAAACAUUCCUCCAAAUCUCACUAUCCCAUCGUCUGUACACAGUCUAUCCCUGGAGGAUGUAGUUCAGAUUAGGGACUUUUUAAGGGGUUAGAUGAAGACUUCUUUUAAACAUUGUCUACUUGUAGCAAAUCAGUUGUUUGCUUCUUUAUCAGUGACAUUGACAAAAUCAUCUCUCUAUUAUUUAAAUAUGAAAGAGUGACAUCAUUGUAUAUAAACAUGAAUAUCUGUGAUAAUGUAUAUUAAAAAGUAAUUUUUCAU